AUGGAUCUUUUAAAGUCUUACCAUCAAUUCUCUUUUUUUAAUCAUACCCAUCAAUUCUCUCUUUUUAAGUCUUACCACAUCAAUUUCUCUUUUUUAAUGGAAAGGGAUGCAGUUCAAUUCUCUCUUUUUAAGUCUUACCACAUCAAUUCUCUCUUUUUUAAGUCUUACGACAUCAAUUCUCUCUUUUUAAGUCUUACCAUCAAUUCUCUUUUUAAGUCUUACGACAUCAAUUCUCUUUUUAUGUCUUACCCACAUCAAUUCUCUCUUUUUAAGCCUUACCACAUCAAUUCUCUCUUUUUUUUAAAUCUUACCACAUCAAUUUCUCUUUUUAAGCCUUACCACAUCAAUUCUCUCUUUUUUAAAGUCUUUUUUUACUGGACAUCAAUUCUCUCUUUUUCUUACGACAUCAAUUCUUUUUUAAAUCUUACCACAUCAAUUCUCUCUUUUUUUAAGUCUUACCACAUCAAUUCUCUCUUUUUUAAGUCUUACCACAUCAAUUCUCUCUUUUUUAAUCUUACCACAUCAAUUUUUCUUUUUAAGUCUUUUUUACCACAUCAAUUCUCUUUUUUUAAGUCUUACCACAUCAAUUCUCUCUUUUUAAGUCUUACCACAUCAAUUCUCUUUUUUAAUCUUACCACAUCAAUUCUCUCUUUUAAGUCUUACACAUCAAUUCUCUUUUUUAAGCUCCACCACAUCAAUUCUCUUUUUUUAAGUCUUACCACAUCAAUUUUCUCUUUUUUUUCAUCAAUUCUCUUUUUUAAAGUCUUACCACAUCAAUUCUCUUUUUUAAGCCUUACCACAUUUCUUUCUCUUUUAAAGUCUUACCACAUCAAUUCUCUUUUUUUAAGCCUUACACAUCAAUUCUCUCUUUUUAAGUCUUACCACAUCAAUUCUCUUUUUUUUAAGUCUUACCACAUCAAUUCUCUCUUUUUUUUAAGUCUUACCACAUCAAUUCUCUCUUUUUUAAUCUUACCACAUCAAUUCUCUUUUUUUAAGUCUUACCACAUCAAUUCUCUCUUUUUAAGUCUUACCACAUCAAUUCUCUCUUUUUUUAAGCCUUACCACAUCAAUUCUCUCUUUUUAAAGUCUUACCACAUCAAUUCUCUUUUUUUAAGUCUAACCACACCAAUUCUCUCUUUUUUUAAGCCUUACCACAUCAAUUCUCUCUUUUUAAAGUCUUUCCUCCACUCACUUUUUUCUUUUUUUUUACAAUUUUCCUGUUUUGUUUUUUUUUUUUUUCUUUUCAAUUCUCUCUCGAUAUUAAUUAUUUCUCUCUCUUUUUUACUAUCCUGUCUUUGUUUUUCUUCUCUCUUUGAAGUCUCUCUCUGCAUUGGUUUUCUUAGUCUCAAUUUUCUUUUGUUUAAACGUCUCUCUUUUUUUUUUUUUUUUUUUUCAUUUUUUUUUGAUUUUUUCUCUGUCUUUUUCUCGUUUUCAUGUUUUUCUUCUUUUUUCGCCUUCUACAUUAAUUUGUCUUUUUUCCCUCUUGUUUUUUUUGUUUUUCUCUCUGUUUCAUUUUGUUUUUUUCUUUUUUUUUCCCUCUGUUUAAGUCUUUUUAGAAUCGAUCUCUUUAGGUCUUCUUUUCUUUUUUACGUUUUGUUUUCUUCUCUUCUGUUUAAGUCUUUGUUUUUUCUCUCUUUAGGUCUUAGUCUCCUCUCACUUUUACGUCUUUUGUUUUUAUCCUCUCUGUUUAAGUCUUUUUUUUUUUUUUUCUCUCUCUUUAAGUCUUGUUUAAUCUUUCUUUUUUCUCUCUCUUUAGGUCUUAGUCUUCCCUCUCACUUUACGUCUUUUUUUUUAUCCUCUCUGUUUAAGUCUUUUCUUGUCUUUUUUUUUCUCUCUCUGAGGGUCUUAGUCUCCUCUCACUUUUUACGUCUUUGUUUUUAUCCUCUCUGUUUAAGUCUUUUUUUCUUUUUCUCUUUAGGUCUUAGUCUCCCUCUCACUUUACGUCUUUUUUUUUUCAUCUCUCUGUUUAAGUCUUUGUUUUUUUUCUCUCUUUUAGGUCUUAGUCUCCCUCUCACUUUACGUCUUUGUUUUUCUCCUCUCUGUUUAAGUCUUUUUUUUUCUCUCUUUAAUCUCCCCUCUCACUUUACGUCUUUGUUUUUAUCCUCUCUGUUUAAGUCUUUGUUUUUUCUCUCUUUAGGUCUUAGUCUCCCUCUCACUUUACGUCUUUUUUUUAUCCUCUCUUCUCCCCUAAAGGUUUUACGUUUGUUUUAUCCUCUCUUUCUUUUGUUUUUUCUCUCUUUAGGUCUUAGUCUUCCCCUCUUUACGUCUUUGUUUUAUCGUCUUUGUUUUUUUCCUCUCUGUUUAAGUCUUUACGUCUUUGUUUUUUCUCUCUUUUUAGGUCUUAGUCUCCUAAGUCACUUCACGUCUUUUUUUUUAUCCUCUCUGUUUAAGUCUUUUUUUCUUCUCUCUUUGGGUCUUAGUCUCCCUCUAGGUCUUAGACUCCCCUCCUUUCUCACUUUACGUUUUGUUUCUUCCUCUCUGUUUAAGUCUUUGUUUUUUUUCUCUCUCUGUUUAGGUCUUAGUCUCCCUCUCACUUUACGUCUUUGUUUCUCUCCUCUCUGUUUAAUCUUUCUUUCUUCUCUCUCUUUAGUCUUUCUUUCUUCUCUCUCUUUAGGUCUUAGUAAGCCCCCUCUCACUUUACGUCUUUGUUUUUAUCCUCUCUGUUUAAGUCUUUGUUUUUUUCUCUCUUUAGUAUGUAUAUAUCAAUAUAUUCCUCUCUUUUUAUUUUUAUAUUUUUCAUCCCCCCCUCUCUCUCUCUCUCUCUCUCUCUCUCUAUUUCAGUUGAUUCACAGCUACUUUUUUGAGCUAGUCAUUUUCUACAUCUCUACAUCUCUCUCUCUCUCUCUCUCUAUCUAUCUAUCUAUCUAUCUAUCUAUUCAUAUCUAUCUAUCUAGGGGUCAUGGCAAUCAGUCCCCUACAUUAUAUUGUUAUUAUUCUUCCAUAGGAAUCUUGCUUUUUUUAUAUACAGUAAUGUUUUCUGCGACUUAUAAAAUGCUUUUUAUCUUUUGUAAGGAAAUUGUGGUGUUUUUCCUCUAUUUCUUCUGCCGAAAUUCCUUCCUUCUUUUUCUCUUUUAUACUUUCGUUCUGGUUUUUCAUUUUCUCUCUAUAUUUCUAUCAUAUAUUAUUUCUCACCCUCUCUUUCUCCCCACUUUUUUUUUUUAUUUUUCCCACUUUUUUUUUUUUUUUUUUCUCACGCUCUACUUCUUUCUUUUUUUUCUUUGUCCUCCUCAUUCUCUCUUUUCCACAUUCUCUUCUGCUUUUCUUAUAUUUCUCUUUCUUUCAAACGUUUUCUUCUUUCCCUCGCCUUCUUCCGUCACUCUUACUCUUUCUGCUUCGUUUCUCUUUCUUCGUUUCUCUUUUCCUCUCUUUUACCCCCGCCCCUCUCUAUGUUCUAUAUUUCUCUCUUUCUUCGUUUUUCUUUCUAUAGCUGUAUCCCGUUCUUCUUCCAUUUUUCCAAUAUUUCCUUUAGUCAUUCUUUUUUCUAUUUCUCUGUCUGUCUUCUCUUUGUCUCUAUCUUCCACUUUCUUUCCCCUUCUCUCCUUUUUCCUCUUUCAUUCUCCAACCCCGUUGCUUUAUAUAUAA